GGGCGGCUCAGCUGGCGCGCGCCCAGCGUCAGCAGCUUGGCCAGCGGGAACGCGCCCGCCACCAUCCUCCGCCGCGCGCCCGGUGACCUCACCGUCGCGCGACCCGGGGAGGGGCGGGGAGAGCGCGCGGGGGGCGCGUCCUCUCGGCCCCGCCCCUGUGACACGCCCCCCGCGCUCGGCGGGCCGUGCGCGGCCCCACCGCCCCCCCCCCCCCGGCACGGGGCACGUGUGGGUGGCGCUGGACACCCGUGGGUGACCUUGGACCCUCCCGGGUGACGCUGAGCACUCCUGGGUGACGCUGGAGCACCUGUGGGUGACAAUGGACACCCGUGGGUGACCUUGGACCCUCCCAGGUGAUACCGGAGUACUGCUGGGUGACACUGGAGCACCUGUGGGUGGCACUGGACCACCCGUUCGUGAUGAUGGACCCUCCUGGGUGACGCUGGAGCACCUGUGGGAGACAAUGGACACCCAUGGGUGACCUUGGACUCUCCUGGGUGACGCUGGAGCACCCGUGGGUGGCACUGGACACCCGUGGGUGACACUGGAGCACUCCUGGGUGACACUGGAGUAGCCAUGGGUGGCACUGGACCCCCCUGGGUGAUGCUGGAGCACUUGUGGGUGACAUUGGACGACCUAUGGGUGACCUUGGACCCUCCUGGGUGACGCUGGAGCACCCAUGGGUGACACUGGAGCAUCCCUGGGUGGCACUGGACCACCCGUGGGUGAUGCUGGAGCAUCCCUGGGAGACAAUGGACACCCGUGGGUGACCUUGGACCCUCCUGGGUGACGCUGGAGCACCCAUGGGUGACACUGGAGCAGCCGUGGGUGGCACUGGACCACCCGUGGGUGAUGCUGGAGCAUCCCUGGGAGACAAUGGACACCCGUGGGUGACCUUGGACCUCCCUGGGUGAUGCUGGAGCACCUGUGGGAGACAAUGGACAACCCGUGAGUGACCUUGGACCCUCCUGGGUGAUGCUGGAGCACCCAUGGGUGGCACUAGACAACCCGUGGGUGAUGACGGACCACCCUGGGUGAUGCUGGAGCACCUAUGGGUGCCACUGGACAACCCAUGGGUGAUGAUGGACCCUCCUGGGUGACGCUGGAGCAUCCCUGGGAGACAAUGGACAACCUGUGGGUGACCUUGGACCCCCCUGGGUGAUGCUGGAGCACCCAUGGGUGACACUGGAGCAGCCGUGGGUGGCACUGGACCACCCGUGGGUGAUGCUGGAGCAUCCCUGGGAGACAAUGGACACCCGUGGGUGACUUGGACCCUCCUGGGUGAUGCUGGAGCACCCAUGGGUGACACUGGAGCAGCCGUGGGUGGCACUGGACCACCCUGGGUGAUGCUGGAGCAUCCCUGGGAGACAAUGGACACCUGUGGGUGACCUUGGACCUCCCUGGGUGAUGCUGGAGCACCCAUGGGUGGCACUGGACAACCCGUGGGUGAUGAUGGACCACCCUGGGUGAUGCUGGAGCACCUAUGGGUGCCACUGGACAACCCAUGGGUGAUGAUGGACCGUCCUGGGUGACGCUGGAGCAUCCCUGGGAGACAAUGGACACCCGUGGGUGACCUUGGACCCUCCUGGGUGACGCUGGAGCACCUGUGGGAGACAAUGGACACCCAUGGGUGACCUUGGACCCUCCUGGGUGACGCUGGAGCACCCUUGGGUGGCACUGUACAACCCGUGGGUGACACUGGAGCAUCCCUGGGUGGCACUGGACAACCCGUGGGUGACCUUGGACCCUCCUGGGUGAUGCUGGAGCACCCUUGGGUGGCACUGGACAACCCGUGGGUGACCUUGGACCCUCCUGGGUGAUGCUGGAGCACCCUUGGGUGGCACUGUACAACCCGUGGGUGACACUGGAGCAUCCCUGGGUGGCACUGGACAACCCGUGGGUGACCUUGGACCCUCCUGGGUGAUGCUGGAGCACCCUUGGGUGGCACUGGACAACCCGUGGGUGAUCUUGGACCCUCCUGGGUGACACUGGGGCACCCAUGGUUGGCGCUGCACCACCUGUGGUUGAUGCUGGACCCCCCUGGGGUGACACUGGAGCACCAACCAGUGCCACUGGAGCCCUGCCAGGUGCCUGUGGCACUCCCCGAGUCACUCUGAAGCACUGGAGGAGCGCUCAGCCCAGGCGACACUGGCCGCCUGGCACGAGUACCGGCACGCCUGCGAGCUGCGCCUGCACCUUGACCCCCCGGCACCCGGACCUGUCUGCAACCGCAGCUUCGACAUGUACGCCUGCUGGGGGGAUGCAUCCCCCAACAGCACCGUCACCGUCCCCUGCCCCUGGUACCUGCCCUGGCACCACCGAGGGCGGGGUGGUGGUUCGGCGCUGCGGACCCGACGGGCGGUGGGUGACAGACGAGAUGGGGCGACCCUGGCAGGACCAUUCACAGUGCGAGGACCUGGCACAGGAGCAGCCACUGCAGCGGCAGGCCUGGCUGCUGGAGCAGUUCCGCCUCCUCUACACCGUGGGCUACUCCCUCUCCCUCAUCGCCCUCCUCCUGGCGUUGCUGCUGCUCCUGAUCUUCAGGCGUCUGCGUUGCACCCGCAACUUCAUCCACGCCAACCUCUUCCUCUCCUUCGUGCUGCGGGCGGGUGCCAUUCUGACGCGGGAUGCGCUGCUGCAGCGCCGCCUGCGCCCUGGCCCUGGGCACCCCCUGCAGCUGCUGGGCCAGCAGGCGGUGGCAGGGUGCCGGCUGGCCCAGGCUCUCACCCAGUACUGCGUUGGGGCCAACUACGGGUGGCUGCUGGCCGAGGGGCUCUUCCUCCACAAGCUCCUGGUGCUGGCAGCCUUCUCCGGCGAGCGCUGCCUCCCUGCCUUCCUCCUCCUCGGAUGGGGAGCUCCCGUGCUUUUCGUAGUACCGUGGGUGGUGGUGAGGUACCUCUACGAGAAUGAGGGGUGCUGGGAGAGGAACGAGAAGGCGGCAGUGUGGUGGAUCAUCCGUUGCCCCAUCCUGAUGGCUGUGGCGGUGAACUUUGUGGUGUUCGUGCGCAUCGUCCGCAUCUUGGUGGCCAAAGUCCGAGCACAUCAGGUGUCCCAUGGGGACACCAGGGUCAGGCUGGCCAGGUCAACCCUGACGCUGAUCCCGCUUUUGGGGGUGCACGAGGUGGCCUUUGCCCUGCUGGGGGAGGGGCAAAGGGGGGGCACCCUGCGCUUGGUGCGGCUCUGCCUGCAGCUGUUGCUCUCCUCCUCCCAGGGCCUCGUUGUCAGCAUCCUCUACUGCUUCAUCAACAAGGAGGUGCAGGCGGAGGUGCGGCGUGGGUGGCAGCGGUGCCGCCUGGGUGCCCCCUGCCUCCCUGGCCCCCCCCGGGGCCCUCCCCAGGGCACCCGCCGCUACGUAGCUGUUGGGGGGCAGCGCCUGGCACCUCCUGAUCCUGGGGGGCACCCGAUCGCCGAGAGCUGCUGCUGAGGGGGGAGACGACGACCUUUGGGUGCUGGGAGGGUCCCAAGUCUUUGGGGUGCUGGGGGGUGUGUGUGUGUGUCCCAGAAGCCUUUGGAUGCUGGGGGUGGGUGUGUAUCCCUGUCACCUUUGGGUGGUGGUGGGUGAGGCAGGGGACCUUGGGGUGUUCCCUGACACUUUGGGGUGCUGGGGGGGAUCUCCAACGUCUUGGGGUGCUGGGGGGAAUGGUCUGGGGGUUCCCAACUCCUUUGGGUCUGGGGCAGGGCGUCCCAGGACCCCGCCACCUUGGGGUGAUGAGGGGUGUUCCUGAUGCCUUGGGAUGCUGGGGAUGGGUCGGGGUGUUCCUUGACACCUUGGGGUGCUGGGGCAGGUGCCCCAGGGUCCCUGGCUCUGUACUCUAAAUAAAUAUGUGACACCCAUGAGUGGCUCCU